AACCAAAACAACAGGAUGUACAAAGAGGCGUUUCCUUUUUUCACAAAUGUGUUGCUGACACAUUCACGUAGCUACUUCCUGUUGUCUCAGUAACAGCAUGGCAGAGAUGAAACCACAACUCUGAGAAAAACUAACCUUACUAAUAACUUCACCAGAAGGGUAAGAAACUUACUUCAGUAAACAUUUCAGUUUAAUAAUAUGUUCAGAUGAUAUGAUAAAAGAGGAAGUCAAAUGCACUCAAUGAUUAAAUCACCAGAUGAAUAUGGAGGCCUAUAGGGGACAAGGAGGAUAAAGUAGAGAAGAAGAGAGGAAUAUGGAGGCCUAUAGGGGACAAGGAGAAUAAAAAGAGAAGAAGAGAGGAAUAUGGAGGCCUAUAGGGGACAAGGAGGAUAAAAAGAGAAGAAGAGAGGAAUAUGGAGGCCUAUAGGGGACAAGGAGGAUAAAAAGAGAAGAAGAGAGGAAUAUGGAGGCCUAUAGGGGACAAGGAGGAUAAAGUAGAGAAGAAGAGAGGAAUAUGGAGGCCUAUAGGGGACAAGGAGGAUAAAGUAGAGAAGAAGAGAGGAAUAUGGAGGCCUAUAGGGGACAAGGAGGAUAAAAAGAGAAGAAGAGAGGAAUAUGGAUGAGUGAGAAAGGAGGGUAUUCAGCCAAUCAGUAGCCAUCACCAUUUCUGGACCAACAUGAGAAGUGUUUCAUGGAUUCUUGCCAGAGCACUAGCCUCUACUAGCAUCUACUUCAAAGAUCUCAUAGAGACAAAGAGAUGGGGAGCAACUGCUCCAAAAGGAGGAGAGAAGAGGGAGACACUGAAGGAAGGCGAGAAGAGGGAGACACUGAAGGAAGGAGAGAAGAGGGAGACACUGAAGGGAGGCGAGAGGAGGGGGACACUGAAGGAAGGCGAGAGGAAGGGGACACUGAAGGAAGGCGAGAGGAAGGGGACACUGAAGGGAGGCGAGAGGAGGGGGACACUGAAGGGAGGCGAGAAGAGGGGGACACUGAAGGAAGGCGAGAGGAGGGGGACACUGACGGGAGGCGAGAGGAGGGGGACACUGAAGGGAGGCGAGAGGAGGGAGACACUGAAGGAAGGAGAGAAGAGGGGGACACUGAAGGAAGGCGAGAGGAGGGGGACACUGACGGGAGGCGAGAAGAGGGGGACAGUAAAUGGAGGACAGAAGAGGAGGACAGUAAAGGGAGGAGAGAAGAGGGAGACACUGAAGGGAGGAGAGAAGAGGAGGACACUGAAGGGAGGAGAGAAGACCGUGACAAUGUCAACAGUGAAGCAACGUCCUUUGACCAAAUACCCCCCCACUCUCUUGAUUCGCUUGAGACAGAGAAGAGACGUGAAGAAAGAGAUGCUACAUUUGUGGAUGAUAACAGGGCGGUCCUCAUUCAGAGGGUUACCACGGUGAUACCCAUAGCAGAUAAACUUCUCCAGUGGCAUAUGAUCCACUUUGAGGCGUACCUUAAGAUCCUUGCUGCCCGGACCAGACCAGAUCAGAUGAGGGAGCUGUACAACGUCUUAAACACAGAAAAAGUCAAAUCAGCCUUCUAUAGGCUCCUUCAGAAGCAAGAGCCUUAUUUGGUCCAGGUGCUAGGUGGGCCUGUCUGUAUGGAGGUGGGUUGCUAUGGACAGACUAUGUGCAUUGGGCAGAGCAGCGUGGAUGACGACACAAAGAGAAUUAAGGACGAACUUAAAGACAGUCUGGAGAAGAAGUUUGGAUUUGUGUUUGAAGGCACCGCAGUGGAACAAACUCCCCUCAACAGCAUCUACACACAGCUCUACAUCACACAAGGACAGAGUGAAGGAGUUAAUAAAGAACAUGAGAUCCGGCAGAUUGAAUAUACACGCAGGGCAAAAAAAUCUACAGACACUCCAAUCAACUGCAAUGACAUCUUCAAACCCUUAUCUGGAGAAGACAGAGAAAAGGAGAGACCCAUCAGAACUGUGCUGAUGAAGGGCAUCGCUGGCAUUGGAAAAACAGUCUCUGUGCAGAAGUUCAUCCUCGACUGGGCUAAAAGAAAAGCUAAUCAGGAUGUUGAUUUCAUCUUUGUGCUUCCACUCCGAGAGCUGAAUCUGAUUCAAGAUGACCAGUACAGUCUUCAUGGACUUUUGCGUUACUUCCACCCUGAACUUACAGAGAUAGAAGAGGCAAAGAUAUGUGAUACCUGCAAAGUCAUGUUCAUCUUUGAUGGUCUGGAUGAAAGCAGACUGCCAUUAGGUUUUCAUCAGAACAAGAAGUUGACUGAUCUAACUGAGACAUCAUCAGUUGACAGGUUGAUGACAAACCUCAUUGAGGGGAAUCUACUCCCUGAAGCUCUCCUCUGGAUAACCUCCCGACCAGCAGCAGCCAAUCAGGUCCCCUGUAAGUACAUUGACAAGGUGACAGAAGUACGAGGGUUCAACGACAAACAGAAAGAAGAAUACUUUAAGAAGAAUGUUGAGGAUGAGAACCGGGCCAGGAGAAUCAUCUCACACAUUAAUACAUCAAGGAGCCUCCACAUCAUGUGCCACAUACCAGUCUUCUGUUGGAUUACUGCUAGGGUUCUUGAGCAAAUGUUGAGUGAAGAUAAGAGUGGAGAGAUCACAACUCUGACUGAGAUGUACAAUCACUUCCUGCUCAUUCAGACAAACCUGAAAAGCAAUAAGUAUGAUGGGGAAAGGGAGACGGAUCUGGACAUCAUCAUAGAAAGAAACAAACAAAUAAUUCUCAAACUGGCACAACUUGCAUUUGAACAGCUGGUGAAGGGCAAUCUCAUAUUCUCUAAGAAAGACCUGGAGGAGUGUGGCAUUGAUGUCAGUGAAGCCUCAGUGUACUCUGGGUUUUGCACAGAAAUCCUGAAAGAAGAGUAUGGGCUGUAUCGGAAGAAAGUGUACUGCUUUGUCCACCUGAGCUUCCAGGAGUUCCUUGCUGCUCUGUACGUGUUCCACUGCUGUGCGAGCAAGAACAUCAAGGCCCUGGAGUUGUUCAUUGGGGAUGUGUCAUCAGAGCUGUCCUUGCAUGUGCUGCUGAAGAUGAUGGUAGAUAAAGCCUUGGAGAGUGAGAAUGGACACCUGGACCUGUUCCUCCGCUUCCUCGUUGGCAUCUCAACAGAAUCCAUCCAGAGACUGUUACAUGACCUACUGCCACAAACAGAGAUCAGCUCAGAGACUGUCAAGGAAAUGAAGAAAUACCUCAGGGAGCCGAACGUAGAGCAAGUCUCGCCUGAUAGGUACAUCAAUCUACUCAUCUGCUUGACUGAGAUGAAAGAUGAUUCAGUGCAUGAGGACAUUGACAGGUUCCUGAAGUCAGGAAAUCAAACAGGAAAGGAACUUGCAGGAGCACACUUCUCAUCCCUGGCCAACGCACUGCUGAUGUCAAAGGGUGUGCUGGAUGAGAUUGACCUGAGGACAUACAACUUGUCCCCUGGGUGUACGAGACUGGUCCCAGCUGUAAGGAAAUGGAGAAAGGCCAUACUGAUUGGCUUUGAACUCUCUAUGGAGGACUACGAAUCACUGGCCUCCAUUCUCCAAUCAGCAGACUCACAUCUAAGAGAGCUGCACCUGGACGACAUCGGGGAGCGUGAUCCUGAUGGUGACGAUGAUCCUGAUGGUGACGAUGAGGCCAGACUGACUGUUCUCGUUGCUGCGCUGACUGUUGUCCUCGCUGCACUGAAACAUCCACACUGUAAACUGGAGACACUGAGACUGGGUGGCUAUAAACUCUCUGAAGAGCACUGUGGAUUACUGCCUUCUGCUCUCCAAUCAGCCGACUCACAUCUGAGAGAACUGGACCUGAGAGACACCAAGCUGUCUGAUGGUGGUGGGAGGGAACUCUUUACUUCUCUGAAACAUCAGAACUGUCAACUGCACAAACUGCGACUGUCUAGCUUUAGACUCUCUGAAGAGGACUGGGGAUCACUGGCCUCCGUUCUCCAAUCAGCAGACUCACCUCUGAGAGAACUGGACCUGGACCUGAGGAACAGUGGACUGUCUGAUGGUGUUGGGAGGGAACUCUUCACUGCUCUGAACCAUCCACACUGUAAACUACAGACGCUGAGGCUGAAUGGAUGUUCCCUGACAGAGAAAGGGUGUGAAGCCUUGGCCUCAGCUCUCAGCUCAAACUCCUCUCACCUGAGAGAGCUGGAUCUGAGUCACAAUGACCUGCAGGAUUCAGGAGUGAAGGUGCUCUCUGCAGGACUGGGGAAUCCACACUGUCAACUAGAGAAACUGAGGCUGUCCUUCUGUAGAGUCACAGAGGAAGGCUGUGCUUCUCUGGCUUCAGCUCUGGGGUCAAACCCCUCCCAUCUGAGAGAACUGGACCUGAGCUUCAAUCACCCAGGAGACUCUGGAGUGAAGCUGCUCUCUGCUAGACUGGAGGAUCCACACUGUAGACUGGAGAAACUCAAUGUGGAACAUACAGAAGAGAUCUGGGUUAAACCACAGCUGAUGACGAAAUAUGCCUGUGAUCUCACACUGGACCCAAACACAGCACACAGAAACCUCUCUCUGUCUGAGGGGAACAGAAGGGUGGAGAGGGUUAAAGAGGAGCAGCCGUAUCCUGAUCACCCAGAGAGAUUUGAUCACUAUACCCAGGUGUUGUGUAGAGAGGGUCUGACUGGGCGCUGUUACUGGGAGGUAGAGUGCAGUGGGCUGGCUGACAUUGGAGUGACAUGUAAAGGCAUCAGUAGAAAAGGAGAUGGUUCUGCCGGUGAAUUUGGAUACAAUAAGAAGUCCUGGCGUCUGAUCUGCCGUGGGAAUCAUUACGGUGCCCUCCACAAUAGUCAAUAUACUACAAUACAUGCUCCACACCUCAUAAACCCUCCUCAACCCCAGAGAGACCAGUCCUCCUCCCCUCCACGCCUCAUCAACCCUCCUCAACCCCAGAGAGACCAGUCCUCCUCCCCUCCACGCCUCAUCAACCCUCCUCAACCCCUGAGAGACCAGUCCUCCUCCCCUCCUCAACCCCAGAGAGACCAGUCCUACUCCCCUCCACGCCUCGGAGUAGGAGUGUUUCUGGACUGGCUGGUCGGCACACUUUCCUUCUAUGAGAUCUACUCUGACACAAUGACCCAUGUGUACACAUUCCAGACCACAUUCACUGAGCCCCUCUACCCAGGGUUUAGUGUUUCUAAUGAGGGCUCUUCAGUGUCCCUGAGCCAGGUAGAGUAGUCUCCUAUGUCCUGGAGGAACACCUGGGUCUCCAUGGAAACACAGUCACACUCCUGUUCUAACCCAACCAUGUGACAUGAUGGGGUGUUGUUGACAGUGAUCAGGACAUCAGAUACGAAAAUCCAAGAUGUUACAUUGUAACAGAUAAAUGUUGUUGAUUGUGAUCAUGACAGAUAUUCGUAUUCACACCACUGAGUCAAUACUUUGUAGAAGCACCGUUGGCAGCAAUUACAGUUGUGAGUCGUUUUAGGUAAGUCUCUAAGAGCUUUGCACACCUGGAUUGUACAAUAUUGGACCAUUAUUAUUUGUUCAAUUCUUCAAGUUCUGUCAAAUUGUUUGUUGAUCAUUGUUAGACAGCUUUUAUCAAGCCUUGCCAUAGAUUUUUAAGCGGAUUUAAGUCAAAACUGUAAUUAGGCCACUCAGGAACAUUCAAUGUCAUCUUGGUAAGCAACUUUUUAUCCUAAAAAAUGUCUUAAUCCUUGCUGAUGACAAAGAUACUCAUAACAUGAUGCAGCCACCAUCAUGCUUGAAAAUAUGAAGAGUGCUACUCAGUGACGUGUUGUGGUGGAUAUGGCCUAAACAUUAUGCUUUGUGUUCAGGACAAAAAGUUAAUUUCUUUGCCACAUUUUAUGCAGUAUGUUUUUAGUGCCUUUGUUACAAACAGGAUGCAUGUUUUGGAAUAUUUUAAUUCUGUACAGG